AUGGGAAUAAUCGCGCCUAUUCGUUACAUCACUCUUUUGCUUUUGGCCUUCAACUGUCUAUCCCUGGACGGUUUGUUCACUCUCGUUGCAGUUACGAAAAAGAUGGAUCUAAAGAAUAACUACAAAUACAUAAACGUAACGGCUACCCUCAACGAGAUUGGUCCCAUCGCCAACCAUUCCAUCGAUGUCGAGAUAGAAGUAUUGAAGGAGCUGCGAGUUGUAAAGCUCUAUGGAUACUAUCACUUGGUCCUGAACGGAAGCGUUGUCCCGAAUGCUUUCUUCAGACGUACGGUUGACAUCUGCCACUUUCUGAAGCGCCCCACUUCCGACCGCCUAUACAACCUCCUUUACGUGCGACUUAAGCAAAAUAAUCGUUUGGCGGAGCGGUGCCCCAUGCCACCGGGUCAUUACUACAUACGCGGCUUCCGUCCUUCAAGCGUCGAAAUCCCCGGCUUUCUGCCAGAAAACGAUUUCCUUCUCAAGCAAGUUUACCAAAUCGGCAUAAACAACGAACCUCUUGUAGUUCAUAACUUCUACGGAAGGUUCGUGAGGUUGACCAGCGAUUGA